AUGGAAGCAUUUCCAAAGGGACAAAAACCAUCUAAGGCGGCUUCAAUUUCUGAUUGGAGAUUCAGCAUUGGUGCGGAAAAACCUAAGAAAAUAGCUGACAUAAACAAGUUUUAUUAUGAUUCUAGUGAAGAGGAAGACGAAAUGAGAGAACUUGAUGCGAUAGAGAUGCUAAUGAUUGAUGAAGGAAUCUUGAUGGAGCUAGGCUACGAGGAAGAAAAAGCAAAGAUGGCGCUGAAUGCAUGCGGCGGUAACUUAGAAAAAGCCUUAGUGUUUCUGAGAUUAUUCGAAGAUGAUGAAUUUUGUGAUGAAGAAAUUGAUAAAAAUUGGGAAGAAGAUGGCAGUUGAAGAGAAGAACUGAGUGAAGAAAAUGAAGAACUCGAGAUGGCAGUAAAGUUGCUUGCAGGAUUGCAUUGAGAAGUCUUGGAUUACGGAGAAACAAUCCUGACCACUCACUCCGUCAGGGCAAUUGAAAUAGAAAUAAUGGCAGGAAAGACAGAAAUACCAACAAAAACGUUAACAAAAAGACCGAAAGAUAUCCAGACAGAAACUUCAACAGAAAUUUCAGCAAAAAGCUCAAAAGCAGCCUCAACAAAAAUUCUAACAGGAUUCUCAAAAAUGCCUAUAAAACUCAACAAAAUCCCAACAGCAUCCUCGACAGAUAUUCCAAUUGAAAUCCAACAGAGACACCAGCACAAGCCCCAAGAAAAGAUCAAAAAGGGAACCUAA